GCACUUUGAACAUUCUUUGUUUUUUUUACAAGAUUUGUCUACUAGCCUUUUUACUCCAGCAUUUGUCAUGUCCAACUUUUGCCCUGCUUUCCAGUCCUCGAAACAAAAGAGGCGAGGGCGUCACAGGAUAUUCACAGAUGAACAGCGCAAGGAUCGCAACCGAACAGCGCAAGCAGCCUUUCGAGCAAAAAAGAUGGAGUAUUAUGCUGGCCUUGAAAGCACUGUGGAGGACCUUCAGCGCACAGUCAGUCUUCUUCGCGAAGGAGAGACGCGAUUGACCACAGCUCUGAAAGAAAAAGAGACAGAAGUGGCAGACCUUCGACGUGAGGUCACACGACUGAAAAGUAUGCUUGUCCGCAUUGUGGAUGGCCAAGGCGAACAAGCAACGCAGUCUGCUCCAGUUGAAGUCCAAGACUUGUUUCCGCCAACGCCGCCAGCAUCCAUAUGCGAUUCGACUCAAGCUGACCUGGAAUCAUUACUCUCGUCAUUGGAUGCACCCAUGGAGCUGAGCGCCAAGCCAUGUGUCUUCGAUCAGCUCCUUCAUACCGUGUCGGACACUCCAUCAGAUACUAUACAAGAGACGCUAGCUUUGGCAAGUGGUGUUUUUCACAUUGAUGUCGUCUGUAGAUAGGUGAUCCUAGUUUGGAACAUUCUGUUUAGCCGAACCUUGGUUCACCUAUUACCCCUAUCACCCCUAUCACCCCUAUCACGCUGUCAUUUAAAGAAUCGGCAAGUAUUCGGUUGCCCGUUUGGUCAAUCAGGACAACCUGAUCCUAGGCGGCUUCUCUUGUCUUGUAGUAUGUUCCAAUGCCGGUUCCCACCGGUUUGGUCAGGGAAGCAACCCCACUCUCACGGUCAUCAUCACCCUCGCUUUCGGAGAACCCAAUCUCUCCUUCACUUUUGUAUACAUCGCAUCUGAAAGAAAUGGAACUUGCAGCUAACCUGUUACCCUCGCUGCGUGCAUUCCUAGCGUCUGGUACCGUUUGUUGACUAGGUUAUGCAGGUGGCGGUGAGUCAGUGUGUAUAGAGUUCAGUCUUCCGCAUGAUUCUCUUUUGUAAAAAUAUAUAUAAAGUGUAUACAUGUCUUGUG